AUGACUACGGUAUCCAAAUUGGAUCCAAUUUUUGAAGAGCCUAAUGACCAAAUUGGGCAUCGGUUCCAAUCGGAGCCAACCAGAGCCAACGCACUAGCGGCGGCGAAGCAGCUUCUCGAAGACUCUCGCGGCAAAUCGUGGGAACAAUUAGCGCGAAAAUAUACGAUCGGCCUCACAGCUGCUCCUUGCGUCGAAAGAUUAUCACAAGAAGAGCUUGAAGAGAGUUUAUCGAAAAUGCCAGAGUACAACAACUAUCGCUUCAGCCGCAGUCGGUCGGUGGAUCCUAGUCAGAUUUCGAGAGAGAAAUAUUUGUCGAGAUGGUCCCGCGAAAACACACCGGUCGACAGCGAGAAGCGCUAUGCGUCGCACGUUCGACGCAGCUACACGCCGGUUCGCGAGAUAUCAUCCGUUCAGCACGUGAAUGACUCCAACCUUCACCGAUCGCGCACACCAUUGGCUGUUGUUACUGCACCAUAUCACACCAAUAUUAACUAUCGAUCCGAAAUUGAACCUUUCCGUAAAUAUGACAUUUAUAGCGGAUUACGGACAUGGAGUUAUCCAAUUUAUAAAUAUGUUUAUGGUCGCGAAUCAGACUAUCGCCGGCCAUAUUCAUUUGAUAGAACAUAUGCAAACACCCCGGUUUAUACUCCGCCACAGUUAGCUGCCGAAAGUCGUCCGAUCACAACCAGAAGAGGGUAUUCGGGAUAUGCUUAUAUGGCGAAUGAAACCAAUUACGACCUGGCGAGCCGUCCCAAAAGUCUUCAAAAUUAUAUGUACACACGCAACUAUUUAGGAACAACAUCAGCUCCAUGGUACUGGUCGUAUUACGGUAACAGUCAUCUUCGUCACUUCAACAGCUAUCGUCCUCAUAAUUAUACAAGUUCAACAGCUUCUUGGUCGAGAUAUUACUAA